AUGCUCCUCGACAGGCUCUCCGAAUCCGAAAUAUAUGCCAUCAGGGGGUCGCAGGAAAGAAUUUGGGAUCUAGCGACCGAAGCUGCAACGACUAUUAGACAACAAUUGGAGGCGAACUUGGAGCUGUCCCCGGUGGAUAAGUAUUGGGCUAACCAGCAGCUCGCCCGAUUCAAUGACUUCAUGGAUCAACUGACAGAGACCGGCUUCUUCUGCAGGGUGACCGACCAAGAAAUCAUCGGCCAAAAACUUUUUGUCUCAUGGUACUUACAUUCCGUGGCUUAUGAAUCAGCAUGUUCAUACAGGACCUUGCGCUGGUGUAAUACAGUUGGACAUGUUAUUGAUAGGAAGAAGCUAGACAAGUAUUUGUAG